ACUUCAGCCUCCGCGGAGCAGGCCUGGUAUCCUCGAGCUCGCUCUGUUUUUCUAGUUGCGGCGCGAUUCUUCAGCACCGGACCUUCAUCACCCACCCCUCAGUUCGAUCGCAUUCUCACGCAUUUGGAUAUCUUCGUACUGCGUCCUGCGUGUCUUGCCCGCUCAUCGUCGCGUUUCGGUGCAGCAGACGUAGCGGGUUAGUCGUUGAAGCACCAUCUAUCGUUGAAGUGGUCGUGGGUUGAUAAGACAGACGAGACAGGUUCAAUAUGUCGUCGACUAAUGCGCCUUAUGCAACGCUGCAUGAUCUGCCGAAGUGGGAGAAGCGAGCGGACGUGGGUCAAGCACCGUGGUGCCAGGACCAGACAGCAUUCAAAAGCUCGCGUGGUCAUGACCCCCUUCCCUACGUCGCCUGCAACUCGCGAACUGCCCCUUUCGCCACUUUCCACAAUAUUCCCAACCAGGGUGGGGCCAUAAGUGAGCGCAGUGUACCGGUACUCGAAUCCCCCGCUGUACAGCAAGUGCGUCCCUCCAACGGGUCUCUACCAUCCCAUGAGCUCAGACACAGCACUCCUUAUGGUACUUGUGAUGCUGUUGACCAUCGUCCAACGCAGCUGAAUUUAUCAAAGGUGCAUCAAGCUCCUUGGGAUCGUGAUGAUGUACACCACAAGCAGGUUCAGCCAAGGUUCCCACAUGGGGAGGAUGCUCCUCACUACACCUCAUCUCAUGCACCGUAUGCAACGGACUCCCAACGAGGGUGAAGAAGGUGUGUAUCACGACUUAGGUUGCAAUUCCCAUGCGCUUAUUGCCACUACUGCUUUCCAACGUAUAUUCACGUUUUGAACAUGUUAGAGACGAUUAUACACCGCCCUGUCCCUUACGGUAGUAGACAUAUGGUGUAAAUAAACUGUUUGCCUAGCGUGUAAGAUAAUUUUUCCCAGUAGAGCUCUGUUAACAACUCUCAUUGUCAACGUGACCUUCAACAUUCAAAUCAAUCAUGGAUAUCUCCAACACGCUGAGUUUG